AUGGCAUCUCAAAAGCGCCCCAAUGUUCUCAUCAUCCUCGCAGAUGACUUGGGCUUCUCAGACAUUGGCUGCUUCGGCGGCGAGAUUCAGACCCCGAAUCUGGAUCAGCUGGCCGAGGAGGGGUUGCGCAUGACAUCUUUUCACGUGGCCUCGGCUUGCUCUCCCACGAGAUCCAUGCUCAUGAGUGGAACCGACCACCACGUAGCCGGCAUUGGUACCAUGGCGGAGCGCAUCACGCCUGAUAUGAAAGGGAAGCCGGGCUACGAGGGUUACCUCAAUGAUCGAGUCGUCUGUCUGCCCGAGCUCAUGCGCGAUGGAGGUUACGAGACGCUCAUGUCCGGCAAGUGGCAUCUGGGCCUCACCCCCGACACGAGCCCUCACGCGCGUGGAUUCGAGCGCUCCUUUUCCAUGCUAGGCGGCUGCCACAACCACUACGGCUGGGAACCAGACUUUACAGACCGGUCGGCGAUUCCCAGGUUGGCAGCACUCAUGGGCCGCAUGUACAACCGCGACGGGGAAGGUUUCGGCCCAGACAAGCUGGACAAGGGCUUUUACAGCACCGACAGCUUCACCGAGAACCUGCUAGACUACCUGAGGGACCGCGAGGAAAAGAAGACGGAAUCCGGGACUGAAGAGCGUCCCUUCUUUGCCUAUCUGCCCUUUACAGCUCCUCAUUGGCCACUGCAGGCACCGCCAGCAAAUAUCGACAAGUACCGGGGCGUCUAUGACGAAGGGUGGGACGUACUCCGGCUCAAACGCGUAGCCAAGCUCAAGGCGAUGGGCCUCGUACCCGAGCACGCGGUGCCGGCACCCGUCAUCAGUAAAGGCGAGGACGGUCUCGAUACCAAGAACUGGGACGAGCUGACCCUCGACGAGAAGCGCGAGUUCGCGCGCAAGAUGGAGGUGUACGCGGGCAUGGUCGACCGCAUCGACGAAAACGUUGGGCGGGUGGUUACUUACCUCCGGCAGACGGGUCAGUACGACGACACCAUUAUCAUGUUCUUUAGCGACAAUGGUGCCGAGGGCGCGCAGUACGAGUACGCGCCACUCACAUCCGGCGGCGACAUGGGCACGUACUGUCAAAAGUGGCACAACAAUAGCGUCGAGAAUAUGGGCUGUUAUGAUAGUUUUGUCUGGUACGGCGCGCGAUGGGCCAGCGCGAGCACGGCACCGGGACUGCUGUACAAAAUGUUCACGUCCGAGGGUGGUAUCCGCGUGCCCUUUCUUGCACGGUACCCGCCGCUCUUUGCCCCCAACAAGAUUGAUCAUCAGUUUGCCACCGUCAUGGACGUGUUGCCCACACUACUCGAUGUCUGCGGCAUCGCUCACCCGGGCACGACGUAUCAGGGUGGACCCGUUGCGCCGGUAGCUGGUGCGUCCUGGCUACCAUACCUCCAUGGUGACAGAGCCAAGAUUCAUGCCGAGGACCACGUUACGGGCUGGGAACUCUUUGGACGCCGUGCCGUUCGUCAGGGCCCGUGGAAGGGCCUGUUCAUUCCCAAGCCCUACGGCCCCGAGCGCUGGCAGCUCUUCAACGUCCUCGAAGAUCCAGGCGAGACCAAUGACCUCGGUGAUGCAAUGCCUGAGAAGCUGCAAACCAUGAUUGCUUUGUAUGAGGACUAUUGCAAGGUUAAUGGCGUUAUAAAUCAGAGCGGCGCCAGUCGAUCUGGUUGGUCUGAUGCAGUAAAGUAG